CUGUUACACAAGUUCCAAAAUGUAAUCUUUGUCCAGAUGCACUCUUGUGAUUUUGGCAAGCGACGAAAGUUCUUCCCUACAGCCGUCGGUCGUUUUAUCAUCUGCUACAUGUUAGUAAUGGCUGUAGGGAAUGAGAUUGCGAGAUGGCCCCAUAUUUUAGAAAUGCCUUCUUGCUUCAUACCGAAAUUGAGAGAUGCUGCUGAAUGCUGAUGAGUUGAUAAGCUCAACAGCUCACUCAAAUCUCUUAUCAAAUCUUCUUCUACCUUUCUCUGAUCUUAGCCAUAGCCAUUAACCCACUUGGUCGUAGGCUCGUAGCAAUUACAAUUCAAGGCUCCUUCUUCUGAGGGUUAACACAACUGAACCCGAUGACUUGGCUUCACGUUACCUCGACACUCUGCAGCCUUGAGACGUGCUGCCCAGUCCGCCAAACCCAAAACCCACAACCCAAACCCGAGCCAUUGGCUUUGCUCUGAUAUCUGCAAUUGUGGGUUUCCAUGGAUGGAGUUAAAUACCACAAACCCUUCUCUUCUCUCUCUGAUAUCUGAUCCCUCCCUCUCUCUCUCUCAACUAGACGACAAUAAACACCGAGCUCAAGUAAGUUCAGUGCAUGAGUCGGUGACCUGUAAGAAAAUUGCGUAGUUUUCGCCACCGAUUAAUCACUUUAUCCUACUCCAUCUUCUAACCCCAAUGGCGUCCAUUUCCACACGUGCCUUUGAGGCACUCUCUCACUCUCUUCUUCCCACAGAAACUUGCAUAUAAGUAUUCCCUUCACCAUAACAACCCAACAACCAUUGCUUGCCGCCAAAGCUAAAAAAAAAAAAAAAACCAAACCCCACAACCCAAGUUUUCCCCCAACCCCAAAUUUCCCUUUGUCUCUGUUUUGUGUUUGUGACGAUUUUCUUCACUGUUUUUUCUAUGACCUCAUUCGAGGCAUUCUUCGAGGGCUGGCUGGUUCGGCAAGAGCACUACUUGGACGAACUCCAAUCGGCCCAGCAGCGAGCCCAUGAAGCCCGCGACGUCGAUCUGAGAGACCUGGUCUCUCGGGUGCUGCUCCAUUACCGGCAAUACUAUGAAGAGAAAUCGAGACUUGCGCAGAGAGAUGUGUUUCUGGUGUUUUCUCCGACUUGGUUCACUUCGCUGGAGCGGGCCCUGCUCUGGAUCGCCGGGUUCAAGCCGGGUCUGGCAUUCCGGCUGGUCUCGGACUCCGUACCCGACUUGUCCGAGGACCAGCGGGUCCGGAUGACCCGGCUCAUGGAGGAGACCCGGGUCGAGGAGCGGGCGCUGGAUGAUAAGCUGGCCAAGAUUCACGAGAGCGUGGCGGCCCCACCGCUCGUCGACGUGGCGCGUCGCCACGCGCGGUGUUUGGACGGUGAGACUGCGGAGGAGGAGGAGGCGGCGACGCGGUCGUUGAAGUCGGCAUUGGAGGGCGUGGUGGCGAAUGCGAAUUUGCUGAGGGUCACCAUAGCUACGAAGCUGGUGGAGAUGCUGAGCGGUGCUCAGGCGGUUCGGUUUUUGGUCGCGGUGGCUCAGUUUCAGCUCAAGAUUAGGAACUGGGGAUUGGAGAGGGACGCAGCCGAGAAACAGCGGCGGUCCGGCGGAGGAGGACGGUGGUAGUUCAAUUGUUUAGAAAUUGAGUCACCUUUUUUUUUUUUUGUGUUUGAGGAUUUUGAUGAAGAGAAUAUAUGUAUGUCAUUAGCAUAAUUU